AUGGCCCUCACCCUCGCUCCCGCACCCAAACAAGAAGCUGUUCAGCCUCCGGUCGGUCAACUAAGCCCCUGGUCUCUUGGACCAGCGCAAUUUGCAACCUUCAUGAGGGAGGCUCAGUCGUUAAAGCUCAUUCGGGAGGUGCACACGCUAAGUGUGCACCAUGCAAGCCGCAGGUUAGACCUCAACACAAAUCCGGUGAAAGGGAAUCUUGUAAACGAGAAGAUGGACUUUUCCUUUUGCGACCAAGAACGGGGAAUCAGGAGAAACGGUGGGCAUCUUACUAACGUGGAGCGACAUGGCUGGAUGUCAGUCGCCGUCAGACGGUCUUGCGGCAGUUGGUGGCUGCAGCCGAUCGCCAACGUUAUGAUACGGAGUGCAGUUUGGGCCUCUCUUGUUGGCCACGAUGAUCUUCGCGACUAG